AUAUAUACAUAUAGAGAAAUAGCUACAUAUCUACCGACUCAAUAUUUUUUGGUGAAAAACUUAGCGGAACUUUGGAAUCCAAUCAACAACAAUGCGCGAGUGUAUAUCAGUCCACAUUGGUCAAGCUGGCGUACAAAUUGGAAACGCCUGCUGGGAGCUCUAUUGUCUCGAACAUGGUAUCCAAGCCGAUGGGCAGAUGCCCUCGGAAAAAGUGUCUGGAGGUGUAGAUGACUCAUUUUCGACCUUCUUUUCGGAGACUGGCGCUGGUCAUCACGUGCCACGGGCUGUCUUUGUCGAUCUCGAGCCGACCGUAGUCGAUGAGGUUCGUACUGGUCAUUACCGUCAAUUAUAUCACCCUGAGCAACUGAUCUCUGGCAAGGAAGACGCCGCUAAUAACUAUGCUCGUGGCCACUAUACGAUUGGCAAGGAAAUUGUCGACCUCGUCCUCGAUCGAAUCCGCAAACUGGCCGACCAAUGCACUGGUCUUCAAGGUUUCCUCAUAUUCCACUCGUUUGGCGGUGGAACCGGAUCCGGAUUCACAUCUCUGCUCAUGGAACGCCUCUCGGUAGACUACGGAAAGAAAUCCAAGCUCGAGUUCUCUAUCUACCCAGCGCCACAGGUGGCAACUGCUGUCGUGGAACCAUACAACUCAAUUCUUACUACCCACACAACUUUGGAGCACUCGGACUGCGCUUUUAUGGUGGAUAACGAGGCCAUCUACGAUAUCUGUCGACGUAAUCUCGACAUUGAACGGCCAACUUAUUCCAACCUGAACCGUCUGAUCUCUCAGAUCGUCUCUUCGAUCACGGCCUCACUUCGCUUUGACGGCGCUCUAAACGUUGAUCUAACAGAGUUCCAAACGAACUUGGUUCCCUACCCCAGGAUCCAUUUCCCGCUAGUGACUUACGCACCGGUGGUGUCGUCAGAGAAGGCUCAUCAUGAGCAACAUACGGUUGCCGAGAUCACUAACGCCUGCUUCGAGCCUGCUAACCAGAUGGUGAAGUGCGAUCCACGCCAUGGCAAGUAUAUGGCCUGCUGCAUGCUCUACCGCGGGGACGUUGUGCCGAAGGAUGUGAACGCUGCCAUUGCUGCUAUUAAGACGAAGCGCACCAUCCAGUUUGUCGAUUGGUGCCCUACAGGAUUCAAGGUUGGCAUUAAUUACCAACCCCCAACAGUUGUUCCUGGUGGCGACCUUGCCAAAGUGCCUCGAGCAGUUUGUAUGCUCUCCAACACCACCGCGAUUGCAGAGGCCUGGGCUCGUCUCGACCAUAAGUUCGACUUAAUGUACGCCAAGCGCGCCUUCGUCCACUGGUAUGUCGGCGAAGGUAUGGAGGAAGGUGAGUUCUCGGAGGCUCGCGAGGAUAUGGCCGCUUUAGAGAAGGACUAUGAAGAGGUCGGCAUGGAUUCCAACGAUCAGGGGGAUGACGGAGACGAGUACUAAAUGUCACUUGCACAAUGCGUCGUUCGCUUCAAACAGGAACCUACACGCAUUUACCUGACUUCACCAGCAUUCGUGUCGCGCUUUGUAUUUUAUUUCUGCUGCGAACUGUUCUAGGGGAAGCUCAUAGGCUGCAGUCUUCUUUUCUUCCCUUCUCUAAAUUGUUUUAAUUAUCACGUGGCGAUAGUCGGCGGAUGGAGAGCGCCAAUGCAUAUUUAUUCUACACCCAUAUGUUUGGAGUAAAUCAUCUUGUAUAGCCUGAAAAGGCUUGCCCGGUCUCCUCCGGAGGCAGAAUAAUGCAAACGGCCCCUUUCGCCAACGGAGAAAUGACGCGGCUUAUAGCCAUGUGCUGCGUACAUCUAGCUACUAGCCCCACCUAUGCGUUUACCCACAGCAGUGUUCCACUCUGAACCAAAUAGGCCAGGCUUUGGUUGAGCCUAUCUCCAAAAAAAACGCUUUCCACUCAGUAAUCAGAGUUCUGCGGACUUUACAUUACUAAGCUUUAUAAUAUCAAUGUUGACGGUAACAGCCAAGAUGAGUAUAGGUAAAUGCGCAAUAAAUGAGCUUUACGCCUACGACACCCGUU